AUGCACAUAGUGGAAAAUGUUUGGCUCAUUAUUUGGUGCAGCAUCCUCCACAUUAUAAUGUCUUUUGCUGAAGACAUUGAUGAGGCUGAUGUCUUCAAGCAUUGCUUGAAUUCCACCAACACAACAUCUUGCAGUUCCACCUUUGAACAAGUUUACACAAGCUUAACAAAGGGUGAGAGCAAUUUUAACAUAUCUGAUGCCUUGUAUCCUGAAGGCUCAAAGCCAUCAUUUCUUGUAAGAGUAAAUGUUUUUGGGCCCAAUAAAACAUCCAAUUCAAAACCAGCAAAGUUUACUUGGAGCAUACACUGUCUGUAUGCUAAUGUUCCUGAAUGGUUGCUUCAAAUUUUGUCCUUGGGCUCCAUUUUUGUGACAUUUCAAAGACAAGAAUUAGAGAUACAAAUUCCUGCAUUUUGUUGCAACAUAUCAGAUGACAAAAAGAAAAGAUUUCUUAGAGGAGUACUGUAUCAGGUAAGUGAUUAUUUUGAAAGCUAAUAGCUUUUGAAUUUUACUCCUUAAUUUUUGACUUCCUUAAAAAAUAAGACAGACACUUCCAGGGCUCCAAAUUAAUGGUAACCAGAUAACUAAUGGUUAGUAUAUCUAGCGUUCAAGGUUACUAAAAAUGAGCCUUCAAUCGGCGACAAAAUUGUUGAGACAUUGUACUUAAAUAGGGUGACUUUGGAGAACAAAAGAAUCCGCACCCCUCCCCUGUCCCCUCCAUUCAAAGUUGUGGUGUUUGUUGUUUUCUAUAGGUAGCUAGAACAAGGGCCCAACAUUGUACGGAGGGGAUGGGGGAGGAAAGCUAUGUUUCCUCCUUUUGAAGUUCAUAAAACGUAAAAAAGCCUACUUUUGGGCGAAGUGUCUCAACUCAUUUUGUUGCCGAUUGUUGGUAACCUGACACAGUUAGUAAAAAUUUGUUUCAUUGAAAAUCUCAAUCAAUUUAUUGCUCUAAAAGAUAUGCUUACAACAUAAUCAACAACAUGAUUAAUGUGCAUCUCACAGAACUCAAGGUAACCAGGCUUUUGUUUGAUUAUCACUGCCAUUUUGCUCGUUUCUACAUUUGUUUUUCACUAACUUUAAGGUCUCUUUCUCGGCUUAAGUAGCCCAUGAAUAGUAGAUCAUAUGACUUUGAUUUCUACAGCUAUGAGUGCUAUCUUACCAUACUUAAUUAUAAUCAUUCUCCAUAAAAAUUUCACAUAUCAAUGAAAAGGCUAGUUUAUGUAUUUUUGUUAUUACAGUUUUCAUAAACUGUAAUAACUUUGCUGUGGAGUUGUAAAUUAGUUUGUAAGAAAAAUCGUGAUUUGAAGGUCAAAUGUGCUGUAACUGGGUACAUAAACAAGAAGAGCUCAUGUGGCUCUAGUCUUUGUAUGUCAUUAUGUCAGUUUUGAAGUCUCUAGUCAAAGGAAAUAAAGCAAAAAGGGUAAAUAACCCCAAAAUCAAACUAGACAUUCUCUUUUCUUUUUCCCAUUUCCUAUACAAGUAGAGGGGAGAUGUUGUACUGUUGAUUUAAUUUAUCAAAGUACGGUGCAUGUGUAGGUGAAAAGUUGCUACACAACACGAGUAUGUGACUGCAUGCCUACAAAUGGUUUUGCUUUGUAAGCACGUGUUUUUUUGUAGGGACAUUCAGUAAGGUGGCACUUGUCGCAGUGUGCCGUCACGGUAUCUACCUUGUUACAUUCAGUUUCCACAGAGAAGGCACAGCAAACAUAAUAUUCAAACUGUGAUAAAUGCCCUCAAUCAAUGGCUCCAUUUUGAUUCUAGUUCUUAAUAUUUUUUGACUCAAUUUUAAGUCUUUGGAAAACCUUUAUUAGGUCUGAUGGUUUUUUGGUCUUUGCCAACCAGAUCAUUCCCUGGUACCAGGUGACCCCUGUUGCGUUAGGUUUCCAUCACCUUUCUCAAGCAUUCUUUAAUGGCUGCAUACUUCCAUCAAGACCUGCUAAGUUCUUUAGAUCUGAUUGAAUAUUUUGCUAGCAGUUCUAAGGGGGCCAAUGACAAACAGUACAAGCACAGUUAUACCUUACUUCUUUACAGUUCCACAGGCGUUUCACCACUAUCAUAACAAUUAUAAUUUAUAAUUUAUUAUCAGGGCUGUCACUAAGAUUUCAAGUUGCUGGGUAGGGUAAAUACAACAAAGUAGGUGGGAAAUCAGAAAGCUAGGGUUUUCUUUUAAUUCUAUUUUUCUUCUACUUUCCCAAGAAAGUAGCCAGGGGAAAUCCCUGGCCCCCACCUCUCAAUGACAGCCCUGUAUCAUUAUUAUUAUUAUUGUUAUUAUUAUUAUUAUUACAGUAUUAUUACAUUAAAAUUUCAUAUCCAGGGUUCUCAACAUGGGAAUGAGGUUGUUUAUAUUUGUUAUUGUUGUUGUUAUUAUUAUUAUUGUGAUUAUUACUAUUAUCGUUUUUAUUAUAAAUUAUUAUUAUUAUUAUUAUUAUUAUUAUUAUUAUUAUCAUUAUUAUUAUCACUGUAUUUUUCUCUGUUUGCUCUACAGCAGCAGGAUCUAGCUGUGCUUCCUACUAUCCGGGAUCCAUCUGUGAAUACAGCGGAGAGUGUUAUACAGGGUCAUGAACCUAAAUUUGUAACCACAAGACGAAGUAUACACAUCAGAGUAAUGUUAUGGUUAUCUGUGAUGUUUGCAAUUUCUAGUGGCCUUUUGUUGGCUGUAUAUAUGGACACACUUAAACAGGAAAGUAGCAGGAAGAAGAAAAGUACAGCAAAAGCCAUUUGUUUUUCCUUUUACUUUCUGUCUCUUCUAAGCGUUCCUAUCAUUCUGACUGCAUUUGGAUUCUCUAUAUAUUAUUGGGUAGAGUAUAAACAUUGGGACAUGACUAUAAUUCUUUCACUUCUAAUUUUCAUCACUUUUCUAGAGUACUUUUGUGUUCCCUUGUCAUGGGGAGCAAACCCAAUAAGCUAUAUAUUCUGCUGGCUUAUUAUUGGAAUAAGGAUUAAUCCGGCCUGGGGGUUAACUAUUGCUCUCUUUAUUAUCUCUGUUUCCGCUGCUGUCACUUAUGCAAGAUACAUCUACCUGGAGGCAUUUCAGUCUAAUGAAAAUAGAGAACUCCAUAGUGUCAGUGGUAGAAAUACUACCAGUAAUAAUUAUAAUGGCGAAUAUGAUUCCAAUAAGGGUUUUUUCCUCUGUCUGGUUGGUUGUCUUGCUGUACUGUUACUUUUCGUUAUAGUAAUCCUUGUAGGACAAGCAAAUACUGGUCAGGAAAUGGCGGUAGGAGAAGUGCUUAAAGCCUUCUCUUCGUAUUUUAUUCCUGGACUUGUUGGUUGGGCUGCUUUAAAA